UCAUUCCUAUCAAUAUCAAAAGUUUAUUACUCUUACAAUAGAAAUAGAAAUCUCAUUUUCCUAAAACUCCAUAAAUGGAUGGGAGGGGAGGGUGCUGUAUUGCUAGGUACGCAGGAGGUGCGUACGAUAUGUCAAAAGUGGAUAGGAUAAUGCUUAAAUUCAGACCUAUCGCACCUAAACCAGCAGCAGCCGGUAGUUCUGUUUCCGGCACUACUACUCCACCACAAAAGACUGAGGUUCCGGUUCGUACUGGACGGUGGAAGCGAAGGUAUGUUAAGGAGAAUAAUAAAAAUAGUAAUAAUAGCAAGAGAUCUAAUAGCGGGAGUAGUCCUAGUGGUAGGAAAAGGAAAGCUCCGUCGCCUGAAGAAAAUGAAUCCAGUGGGAAAACGGUGUCUGGUGGAGAAACGGUAGUAACUCUUCCCUUGUUAUCGGAGAGCCCUGAAAGGAAGGAUCGUUCGGUUGACGUAGUGAAAAAAAAUUCUCCGAUCUGGUUGAGUUUUGGUGGUAACCAAGAGAAUAAUAAUGGUCAGUCCCAGGGGUAUGGAGGAGUGAUGUUUCCUCAGCCAGUACGAGUAGUGGGGUCAUGGGUAAAGGUGGAAAGCGUGACAGACGCGUGGGUGGAAGGGUAUGGGCUAGGACGUACGGAUGAGGAAAAACUGAUAAAUCUGGAGCGGGACAGCUGUCCAGGUUUUAUAUCAGACGGUUUAAACAGAGUAAGGUGGGCCAACAAGGCGUAUAAGGCGAUGGUGGGUGAAGGGGCAGGGGAAGUGGUGGUUUGGCUCGUGAUGAAAGAUGAUGUACGGCUGCCGGAUAACAAAUCCACGGCGGCGUUCACUUGCCGGGUUCGGGUUGUCAGAUGCGGGAAGGAGAAGAACUCAUUGAUUCUUCCGUGUGAUGUGUGGAGAAUGGACGGCGGAGGAUUUGCAUGGAGGUUGGAUACAGAAGCAGCUCUUUCCUUGGGGCGGUACGUAAUUAAAGUAAUAUCAACUCCACCUGAAGGGUAAAGAAGUAAAUCUAUAUGCCGAACCACUAAUAAUACUUGCCACCUUGUGCUUGUCUACGUAUAGAGAACAUGCACACUUGCAUGUGCUUUUAUCAGAAGAAAAAUUGUGAAUAUCUUUAUGGGUUUAGAACUGUUCUUUUUUAUUUAGGUGAGUUUUUAUUUUAGUUUUCUUGGUUUCUUCAAGGUGGGGUUUGAGCGGUGUUGUGUGGUUUAUGGAGAUCGAUGUUUGUUAGGGAUACUUGUUGAAAUACAGUUACUACUAGUAGUCGUAGUUGAACCAUGGAAACAGAUCAUGAUCUUGUAAUCUGACUUUGGGGUUUUGUUUUCCUGUUUUCUAAUUUAACAUCUCACAUAUUUUGUUCAACUAUUUCACACAAUCAAUUUAUCA